AUGGUUGAUAAAUAUUAUGUCGUUUCACUUCUUGGUUUCGCCAAUUUUAUUGAAAUAAUACUACUUGCUGGUGGUUUUAUGUCUGUAUCUAUAGUAUCUACUGGUUAUAUUCAAAUUGUCGAUUCAUAUUCGAAUGUAAUUAAAUAUAAUAUAACUCAAACAAGUAAUGCUGAUUUUACAUCAUUCUAUGAUAUCGAUGCUGAUACAAUCAAACUAGUUGAUCAAGCUAUUCUAAUGAUUAUAUUUGGUUUAACGUUAUUCUCAUUUCUUGCUCAUAUUAUAUUUAAACUACGUUAUCGAUAUUUAUGGCAUCGACUUUCACAUGCGAUAGCUAUUCUAUGCAUCAUUUAUGCAUUCUUUCUAUUUGGUGUGUCAGCUGUUGUUGCUUGUUGGGAAGAUAAAUUAAGAAAACGUUUGACUAGUACAUAUUUAAACAAUCAAUAUAUAAAUACACCGAAUGGUUUAGUAAAAACACGAAUAGGCUCAGCAGCAGCUGCAGCUGCAUUUGGUUUUGCUGCAUGUUGUAUUUUCCUUGCUGAAGCUUUAAUUCGAUUUUGUCAUUUAGCCGAUAAAGUUCAAAUAUAA